GCUCACACACUCUACCCUGCCUGUAUAAAUUAAACUUUGCCUCGUCAUCCCUCGCCCAUCACAGCCCCAGGCCCGGCCACAUCGCGAGCGUUCCCUAUUUUGCGCUCUUUUCCUUCUCUUUCUGCCCUUCUUUUCUGUGUGCCUUCUCCUUAUAAUGAGUCUCCCCUGAACCAAUCUCACCAUCCCAAUCCCAGAUUUGAGAUUGAGACACCCCCUCCUCUCUCUCUUUCUCUCUAUCUCGUGUGUUGUGUGUGAGAUUCUCCGAGAUGGAGAUUCUUCCCAGCUUUGUCAUCACUGGAGGCAUUAAACUGCCUAUCGGCUACAGGUUCUGCCCGACUGAUGAGGAGCUUAUCGUCCACUAUCUCAGGAAGUUGGCCUUUGGCCUGCCAUUACCUGCCGCAGUGAUUCCUGUUCUCGACGUGUUUCAGACCGAUCCCUGGAAGCUUCCAGGCGUGGGAGAAGCAGAUUCUGUUGAAAAGGGGUAUUUUUUCAGCGAGAUGAAGGACAUUUUCUAUGGAGGAAUCAUCGUGAUUGCUGAGGGCACUGGCUUCUGGAAGCCCACUGGCAAAGAGAAAUUAAUUGUUUCUUCUGCUACCAACUAUGUGGUCGGGACGAGGAGAACCCUGGUUUUCUGCGGAGGCGACGGUUCCGGCGAGGCCCAAACACAAUGGGUCAUGCAUGAGCUGCGCCUCGCCGGCCCUCCAAUUAUCGGUCACCCAUCCAAGAUGCCGUGGACAAAGUGGGCUGUGUAUCGGGUUUUUCAGAAGGAGAAGAAGCCCAAGAGAAAAAGGUCUGCGAAGCAGUCCAAUAUCAAAAAAGUUCAGAAGCUUGAGGGGGUCGAACCCAGCUUCAUUGAUUUCACCGCUGACGAUCAUGGUUCUGACGAAGCCCCGCCGCCGCCGCCGUCCCCGAGUGUCAGUGAAGGCAGUGACACCAUCGCUUCUAACUAGCUAGAUUAGUCCAAGCGGUGGUAUCAGUUAACUUUGCUGAAAUUCUGUAAGAAACGGAGAAGGAAAAGCAUCUAGAUCCCUGAAAACCUGUUUCUCUUUUUAUUUUCCCCGACUGUUACAUAUGCUAGAGUUAAAUGAGAAUGGCGUGGAUGGGUGGGGUUAUGUUUAAUCAGUGGGCUCAAAGAAACUGAUCAGUUUGUUUUAGCAUUCCUAAUCCUCAUUAAUAAUUAUCAUGUUGGGAAUCAUUGUAGUGAGAGAGAGAACAGACUGAUGAUGAAUAAAUAAAAAGCGUCAUUAAUCUGAUAGUAUUAUGUA